CAGCCCCCCUCCCCCAUGACGUCACCGGACUCCCCGCCGCUGGCCUCCCCGUCCCUCCCCCCCUCGCCCACCCCCUCCUCCCCGGGGCCCUCCUCCCAGCUGCCCCAGCAGCCCUCGCUGCCCCCCACGGGGGAGGUGAUGGUGCUGGCCCUGGGGCGCAGGAAGCAGCGCGUGCUCAUCGCCCUCAGCAUCCUGCCCAACCUCUUCCUGGCCUUCCUGCUGUCGUCGGACCCGCUGCUCACGCUGGCCCCGCCCCACCACUGCCACCUGGCCGGCCCCCUGGUGGUCAACGUCUCAGUGCCCUGGGAGCGCGGCGGCCGGCCCGGGGAGGAGGGCCGGCCCUCCCGCUGCCAGCAGUACGUCAACGGCAGCCCCCCCGCGGUGGACUGCACGGCGGGCUGGGACUACAACGUCACCGAGGGCCUGCAGCACAACAUCGUCACCGAGUGGGACCUGGUCUGUGGACAGUACUGGCUGGUUCCCGUGGAGGAGGUCUGCUUCAUCCUGGGAAUGCUGACUGGAUGUCUAGGCCUGGGCUUUGCUGCUGACCGGCUGGGCCGGUCCAAGGCGCUGCUGACCUCCCUGACCCUGUCCGUGGUGUUUGGGGUCCUGGUCUGCGUGGCGCCGUACCCCUCGGUCUUCAUCGCCAUGCGCUUCGCCCUGGCAGCAGCGAGCGCCGGAGUCUACCUCACCCUGUACCUCACGCGCCUGGAGCUGUGCGAGCCGCCCCGCAGGCUGCUGGUGACGGUGCUGGCCGGUCUCCUGAGCGUGGCCGGGGAGCUGCUGCUGCUGGCCGUGGCCCUGGGCUUCCAGAGCUGGAGGGGCCUUCUGGGGGCCGGCGCCGCCCCCCUCACACUCUUCCUCUGCUACGGGGUUCCCGGGGUGUUCCCGGAGUCUCCCCGCUGGCUGCUACUGGCCGGCCGCUCCGAGGACACGAGCUCCUUCAGCGGGAGGAGAGGCUCCAGCCGAGAGAGCCGGGACGACGAGAGCUUCACAGAGCUGGACCUGGAGCCCAGCGGCUGCAGCCGGCCACGCCUCUCCUACCAUGAGCUCUUCCACAGCAGGAACAUCUGGAAGAACAUCUGCGUCCUGGGCUUCACCUCGUUCAUUUCCCACGGCAUCAGUCACUGCUACAGCUCGUUCCGCGGGGACGUCCGAGGUGACGCCCCCAGCUUCUAUUGGACCUACCUGCUGUCCGUCUGUGCGGGGGGCGGGGCCUGGCUGCUGCUGUGGGCCACGGUGGACCGGUGCGGUCGCCGUGGCAUCCUGCUGCUCUCCAUGACGAUGACGGGGCUGGCCUCGCUCAUCCUGCUGGGGCUCAUGGACUAUCUGAGCGAGACGGCCAUCACGGUGUUCUCCGUGCUGGGGCUGUUCUCCUCGCAGGCCACCGCCUCGCUCUGCAUCUUCUUCACGGCAGAGAUCAUGCCUACCGUCAUCAGGGGAACGGGCGUGGGCGUGGUGCUAGCGCUGGGAUGCGUGGGCCGCCUCAGCUCGCCGCUCAUGGACCUGCGGAACCACUACGGGUACUUCCUGCACCACGUGGUCUACUCCUCGCUGGCGCUGCUGGCCGUGCUGUCCAUCCUGCUGCUGCCCGAGAGCAAGAGGAAGACGCUGCCGCAGACGCUGGCCGACGGCGAGCAGUACCGCCGCCCCCCCCUGGGCCGCAGGAGGCGGGACAACGUCCCACUGCUGGUCACGCCCAACCCGGAGACCUAGCCGCCCGGCCGGGGGGGAGGGGUGGGGGGGGGGACCGAGAGACUUGGUUCCCGGCUGAAGGACGCUGGAGACCUAGGGAGGACCCCGAGACCUGGGGAGGGCGGAUCCCGAGACCUUACCUCUAGCGGUGGCGAUCCAGACAUCUGGGGAGGGGUCCCAGAGACCUUACCCCCAGUGGAAGAGUCCCUAGGGGAGUUGACCCCAGAGACUUUAUCCCUAGGGGAGUUGACCCCAGAGACUUUAUCCCUAGGGGAGUUGACCCCAGAGACUUUAUCCCUAGGGGAGUUGACCACAGAGACCUCACCUCUAGGGGAGUUGACCCCAGAGACUUUAUCCCUAGGGGAAUGGACCCCAGAGACCUCACCUCUUGGGGAGUUGGACCCCAGAGACUUUAUCCUUAGGGGAGUUGACCCCAGAGACCUCACCUCUAGGGGAGUUGACCCCAGAAACUUUAUCCCUAGGGGAGUUGACCCCAGAGACCUCACCUCUAGGGGAGUUGACCCCAGAGACCUCACCUCUAGGGGAGUUGACCCCAGAGACCUCACCUCUUGAGGAGUUGGACCCCAGAGACCUCACCCCUAGGGGAGUUGACCCCAGAGACCCCACCUCUAGAGGAGGGACCCCAGAAUUGGGGAGGGGUGGGGGGGGUCCUAACCCAACGAUCCUGUUGAACCGGGACCACACAUAAACACACACACACGCACAUCUACACACACACACCUACACACACACACACACACACACACACACACACACACACACACACACACACACACACACACCUACACACACGAGCACACACCUACACAUACAAACCUACACACACACAGCUACACAAACACACAUACACAUACACCACACACCUACACACACCACAUACCUACACACACGUCUUUAGCGCCCUCUUGUGGUCAGCUUCUCACACUGCACUUUGUAACACGGGACUCCCAUGGGGUUAUGUGUGUGGUCCAUUAGUCUUAGAGGCGUUGCACCGCCUUGUAGCAACACGUGUGUCAGUGUUGGUGCCAACAUGAUGUUACUAGUCUAGUCUAGUCCUGUGUCUACACUCCAUGUUCCCGUAGAACCUUCUGGACUGAUGUGGUGUUCACCCCUACAGGCUGUGGUCCUUUCGACCACGUGUGAUGAACACACACCUUAAGGAGCCUUCUCAGACCUGCUGAGGUCGCUAGUAGGGCCAUGUUGGAUUCAGGGCGGACUGGAGCCCUGGACUUGACUGCAGUGUGGAGGUCCGGCCAGCAGGGGCAGCCCUGUGGAGGCCUCAGUCCUGGAAGAAUGGCAGAACGUCUCACUGGUGUUUUUACUGGUGUUGAAUCCGUCACUGAUGGUGCGCCGUCACAUAACUUGAACUGUAUGUGAUUUAGAUAAGUUAAACCCAUGUCCUGAAACACGUUGGAGGGUUAGCAGUAGAAGCUUCUCACUAACUCUGAUGACAGUUAUAUUAUCAAUGUUUCAUGAAGGAAGGAAUGUCACAGAGAUUUCUAGAUUAAAUAAAUAAACAUAAUUGUAACUCUAA